AUGGGACGCUCUUGUUGCGGAAGCACGCCCUCUCAAGCAGAUGCAAUUGACAAAGCAGAGGUAAAAAACCCAGAUACCUCUGUCAACUGCAAUGGCGGUACAUCGUCGGAGAUAUCCGGUCAAGAGAACUUUCGUGAGAACGGCGCUGCUCAAAACAACGGCAGCAGCAAUACAACAUCAUCCGCCAAAAUUGCAGACCCCUGGUGUGAGGAGCCUACUGAGACCAGCAAGGGUAAGGCUCCGCCCGGGGCUUGCGAGGGAGGCUGCUGCGGCGACCAGUCUGCCGAGGCUGUUGGUAUAAAGAGUGUCCCUUCCCUUGGUUCUUCUGCUUCCAAGGAAGCUUGUUGUGCAGAAAGUGCUACCACCGAAGCUGGGGUAUUAAACUGCAGUGUUUCUUCAGGCUACACUCCCACACAUGCCAGCUCCGGUACCCCACGGUCGAGCGAACCUGCUACUUCCGCUGAACCUAUUGUAGCAGAGUGCUGCGAGGGCAAGUCUUCGCCCUGCUGUAAUGAGACCUGCCUCGACCGUCUGGCUUUACGUGAGUGCGAUACUGGGUCCAACACCCCUUGCAUGGAAGCAGCUGGACAGUCUUUCCCUUCGACAUCCACACAGGAAGCUGCAACGCUCAAGCGUGGAGCUUGCGACCGUCAUCGUCGCUCGGUUAGAGAGCAAUAUUCUGCUAAGCUUACAGCACUCGGAUGUAUCUGCCGUGCUCUUGUUGCCCUUGGCAAAGACUCAUGCUGUGAGCCUCGAAAGGGCUCGUCGCCGGAGAAGGCGCGGUGCUCUGAAGGAGCCUUGAAGCAGUCUUCUUCGCUCGGUUCGAUUGGGUCUCGCUGCGCAAGUGGCACGUCUACCAGUCAAUCCCUGCUUCGUCGUACCAACCAGGGCCGAAAGAAUAGAAAUGCGCGUGGUAUUGAAAAAUGUGCCAGCAAAGGUUGCUGCAAACCCAAUAUUAGCACAUUCAGCGACAGAUUGACCGGUCCCUGUGUCUCUGAAGCAGACGAACGGAAAAUCGAGUCAGCGGAUGAUUCCUGUGCUGAUAUUUGCUGCACCUCCAAAAGGCCAUCCUUGCCCAAAGAGAAGAAGAGUGGGCUUGUUAGCAUUGCCCGUGACCUGGAGAGCCAAGCCAUAGGCGUCGAGCAUGUGGUUCUCUCGAUAUCUGGUAUGACUUGCACUGGCUGUGAGACGAAACUCAACAGAACGCUCGCGACAGUAACAGGUGUUAAGAACUUGAAGACCAGUCUAGUUCUCUCUCGAGCUGAAUUUGACUUGGACCUCAAUCUCUCAACUGUGGACUUUGUUAUCAAGCACUUGGAGCGUACUACAGAGUUCAAAUGCGAGACCAUCACCAGUAAUGGGUCAACUAUGGAUAUCAUUGUUUCUGGGGAUCCAUUUUCAAUCGUCAACCAGGCUUGGCCAGAAGGCGUGACUGACAUAUCCCUUGUGGAGAAUUGUACUGUUCGCGUUUCCUUUGAUCCAGAAGUGGUUGGUGCACGAGAUCUCAUUGAAAAACACUGGAGUGAGAUAGCAAAUCUUGCGCCCAUCUGUGGUGACCCAGCACUCGCCGCUGGAAGCAAGCAUGUCCGCCAUUCCGGGCUCAUGACUCUCUUAUCUGCAGUCCUCACGAUCCCAGUCUUAGUGAUGGCAUGGGCUCCCAUCCCCGAGAGAGAAAUCGCCUAUAGUUCUGCCUCACUGGCGUUGGCUACUAUCAUUCAGGUUGUGAUAGCAGGGCCUUUCUACCCCAAAGCUUUGAAGGCUCUUGUCUUCUCGCGAGUCAUUGAGAUGGAUCUUCUUAUCGUGUUGAGUACCAGCGCAGCAUUCAUUUUCUCUGUCGUCUCUUUCGGCUUUCUCGUUGCUGGUAAACCUCUUUCUACUGGCCAGUUCUUCGAGACAAGCACACUUCUGGUUACAUUGAUCAUGUUCGGACGAUAUAUCGCCACGCUUGCCCGACAAAAGGCGGUUGAGUCAAUAUCCAUUCGGUCACUUCAGGCCCAAACCGCCCUUCUUGUGGACGAAUCAAACUCCUCCGAGGCACGGGAAAUCGACGUCAGGUUGCUGCAAUACGGAGACACGCUUAAGGUCCUCCCCGAUAUGAGAAUCCCAACUGAUGGAACUGUUUCAUCUGGGUCAUCCGAAGUGAAUGAGUCGAUGCUCACUGGAGAGUCCCGACCUGUCGAAAAGAAUCCCAAAUCGCGUGUCAUUGCAGGAACAAUCAACGGCUCAGGAAUUCUAUUUGUCAGGCUAACUCGCCUUCCAGGUGACAACGCCAUUAACACUAUCGCCGCCAUGGUCGAUGAAGCCAAACUCUCUAAGCCAAAGAUCCAAGAACUUGCCGACAAUGUGGCUUCCUAUUUUGUUCCAGUCAUUGUGGGCUUGACUAUCAUUACAUUUGUCAUUUGGGUGGCUGUUGGCAUAGCAAUGCAAGGCAAGACUGGAUCCGAAGCAACCGUCCAGGCUGUCACCUACGCCAUCACGGUGCUUAUAGUCUCCUGCCCUUGUGCCAUUGGUCUCGCCGUCCCGAUGGUGGUUGUAAUCUGCAGCGGCAUUGCGGCGGAGCGAGGCGUGAUAUUCAAGUCCGCACAUUCUAUCGAAGUUUCCCACAGAGCCUCUCACGUGGUCCUUGACAAGACAGGAACCCUGACCCAAGGAAAGCUCAGCGUAGCUGUUGAGCACCACGUUGGAAACGGAGAAUCCUGUCUGUCGAUUCUUUUAGGCCUGGUCGGCGACAGCAAGCACCCGGUUUCGGUGGCUGUUAGUAAUCGUCUUCAGCAAAAGGGGGUUGUUGCAACAGCUGUGCCUGACGUCAAAAGCUUGACUGGCCGAGGCGUGGAAGCGAACCUAGCUGGUCAAAGGCUCCAAGCUGGGAAUUCUCGCUGGCUGGGGGUUUCCACCCACCCCCUGGUGCAGCCGGUGCUUACACAAGGCUAUACGGCGUUCUGCUUCACCAUCGACGGUGUGCUACUUGCAGUCUUCGGUCUCGAGGACUCUCUCCGAUCUGAUGCAACUCACGUGGUCGAGUCUUUGCAGAGACGCGGCGUAUCGGUUCAUGUGGUAUCGGGCGAUGACGAAGCCGCCGUGCAAAACGUGGCCACAAUGUUACGAAUCCCCGAAGGCAACGUUCAUGCCCGCAGCUCUCCGGCAGAUAAACAGGUCUACAUCAAAAGACUCCUGAGUAAUUCUUCGCAUGGUAAGGCGCCGAUUGUCAUAUUUUGCGGUGAUGGCACCAACGACGCCGUGGCGCUUGCGCAAGCAACGAUCGGCGUUCACAUGAACGAAGGCAGCGAUGUGGCCAAAUCUGCAGCCGAUGUCGUGCUUAUGCGUCCAGAUCUGUCUGGCCUUCUCACCAUGAUGAAUGCUAGCAAGGUCUCUGUGAGACGAAUCAAAUUCAACUUCGUUUGGAGUUUUGUCUACAACACAUUUGCCGUGCUUCUUGCGGCUGGGGCCUUUGUGAAUGCCAGGAUUCCGCCCGAGUAUGCGGGACUGGGUGAGCUAAUUAGCGUAUUGCCCGUGAUCAUCGCUGCUGUGCUCUUGCGAUGGUCAAAGAUCUAG